GCUCUUGCUCUUGCUCCGUCUGUGGAAGUGGUUGGUGUUAGGUGUUGGUGUUAGUGGUGCUCCUUGGAAGGUGGACAGAAUGUUGUCGAGAUUAAGUUUUCGCAACGUUUCUUCACAAGUCAAAGCCUUGGCUUCUUGUGGGAUUCAAACGAGUGCAGUAGCAUGUGAUGCACCACGUCCAAAACGUCCUGUAGAAGCUCCUCCAGUCAGGCUGGGAUUUAUUCCAGAAGAAUGGUUUACCUUCUUUUAUCCUAAAACUGGUGUAUCAGGACCAUAUGUAUUUAUGGGAACUGUUUCCACGUACUUGUUAUCCAAGGAGUGGUAUGUCAUAGAACACGAAUUUUAUAAUGGACUGUCGAUACUCUUCGCUGCUGUAUAUGUUUCAAUUAAAGCAGGAGAUAAAAUAGCGAACUAUUUAGAUAAACAGAUUGAUGAUCUUGAAGACUCAUAUAAUGUCUCUAAGGACGAGACUAUAACUGAGCUUAAAAAUAAUAUUGCUGAAAUAGAGAAGGAGAAAUGGCGUACCGAUGGACAACUCAUGAUAUUCGACAUCAAAAAACAAAAUGUCUUAAUGCAGCUGGAAGCUGAUUACAGGAAACGAUUAGCAGACGUUUACUCAGAGGUGAAGAGACGCCUUGACUAUCAUGCCCAAAUAGAUCUAAUUGAACGCAGAAUGUCUCAGAAACACAUGGUACAAUGGAUCACAAGUAGUGUGUUAAAAGCUAUUACACCUGAACAAGAAAAAGCAAAUCUGUUGCAAUGUAUUAGAGAUCUUGAAGGUCUCUCUAGCAAAGCUGCUGCUUAAGAUUUCAUAUUAUUCUACCAGAUGAAACAAAUAUGCUAUUAGUAAUCUGGGAUAGUUUGUAAAAAGUAAUGAGAACAUUGAAGAAAUACAUUCAAAAAUGAUCAACCCUUA